CUCACCAAGCAUGUUUCCUUAUUUUUGUUGUCAAAACUUUUACCAAACUUUUUUUUUUUUUUUUUUUUUUUGGUCUUUUGUAAAAGUAAAAAAACUUAUUUUAUGUUUUAUGUGUCCUGACAAGCCACCUCAAUUAUUAACUUCUGAAUACAAAGACAAAAGUCCAGUUUCAUUUUCUGUUUUAACAAAACAAACCCACCUUUCAUGGUGCUCCAAUUAAAGUUGAUGGGAGAACUUUCGGAAAUCAAAUCCAUCUUCCUGUAGUGUGUGGGUCAGGUCAGGCCUUUGACAUUUUUGUCGGUGGCCAGAUUUGAUCUUGAAAUCAAUGUUUCAAUUAUACGUCAAGCAGCCACAAAAUCAAAGUUGAGCGAAAUCUUCGGUCGACAAAAGUCUUUGACAGCAUAUCAAGCAGAGAUUAUUAAAAUGUACACAGCGAAUUCAAAAACAUAAAACACUUUAAAACCCUUAUUGGUUUCGUUUUGAAUUUUCUUCAUCUUGAUCAGAUCAACAUGUCCAUGAUGACAAUUAAGGAAAGAAGCUCCCAACAAUUUGUUGAUGUCUUUGUUGUAGUCUUUUUACUAUUUGUGAAUUCCCCUCCUGCAUCCAGUUCAGGAGUUAAAGAUGCUAAAAUUUGGUGCAUAGAGAAGGAGAGACAAACACUACUCAUCCUUAAACAAGGCUUUGUGGAUGAUUAUAGCCAUCUCUCUUCUUGGGGGAGCGAAAAAGAAAAAGCAGAUUGUUGCAGAUGGAGAGGAGUCCAUUGCAGCAACCGAACAGGUCACGUAACCAUGCUUGGUCUUGGCAGCUUGCCUAUUGCCAUUCCUUUGAGAGGUAACAUUAGUCCUUCCCUAGUUGAAUUGCAGCAUUUGAAUUAUUUGGACCUUAGUAACAAUAAUUUCGGAGGCAGUCGCAUACCCGAGUUCAUUGGUUCUCUCAGCAAUUUACGUCACCUCAAUCUAUCUUAUGCUGGAUUUGGUGGAACAGUCCCCUCUCAACUUGGGAACCUUUCCAAGUUGCAGUCUCUUGAUCUUAGUCCUUAUGGUGGUAUGAAUGUCCAAAACCUUGAGUGGCUUUCUCAUCUUUCAUCUUUAAGACACCUUAACCUGCAAAAUGUGGACCUUAGCAAUGCUAAGGAGUGGUUUCAAUCAGUUAAUAAGCUCCCUUUGCUGACUAGCUUGCGCUUAGGUUUAUGUCGGCUUUCUAAGAUUGUUGUGCCAUCAUACAUAAACUUUUCUACCUCUCUUGCUAUCCUUGAUCUCUCUGGAAAUGGUCUCACUUCUUCUAGUUUCGAUUGGUUGUUCAACUUUAGCAGUGCCCUCAUUGAGGUUGAUCUCUCUAAUAACCGCUUACAAGGUGUGAUUCCCUAUGCUUUUGGAACAUGA